CAAUCAGAAAGAAGGCGUGAGUAUACAGGCGUCUCAUUGGGCUAAAGUUUCGCUUCCAGUUUAUCUCUAGCUAGUAUAAAUAAUAAUAACACCGUUAAGAUUUAGGUGGAGAAAGGCUAGACAAAAAAAAAAAAACGGAUAUCCAAUAUAUAAUACGUGCCUGACUAUUUUCAUAAAUAUUCCAUUAGUCUAGAAUUCGAUAUUUCUGCACAAAGUAGCAGUGUGAUCCCUGAAGAUAAAGAAUGUCAGUCGACAGUGUGUUUCGGACGCGUUCUCUCGGCGUUGCUUCCGUGGGGCUUCCUGAUCAAUAUGCCGACGGAAAAGCAGCAAAGGUGUGGCAGCUGUACAUCGGAGACACGCGGAGUAGAACGGAAGAAUACAAAAGCUGGGUGGUGUCCCUGCUAAAACAGCACGGUGUGCAAAGGAUACUGGAUGUUGCCUGCGGCACAGGCGUGGACUCCAUCAUGUUGGUUGAGGAGGGAUUUAAGAUGACGAGCGUGGACGCCAGCGACAAAAUGCUCAAGUACGCGCUGAAGGAAAGGUGGGAGAGAAGAAAAGAGCGUGCCUUUGACCAGUGGGUGAUUGAAGAGGCCAACUGGCUGACGCUUACAGAAGAUGUGCAGAAGCCAGGGAAUGGGUUUGAUGCAGUCAUCUGCCUGGGAAACUCCUUCGCUCACUUGCCAGACUUCAAAGGGGACCAGAGUGAUCAGAAGUUAGCACUGCAGAAUAUCGCCAGCAUGGUGAGACCAGGGGGCAUCCUAAUCAUUGACCACCGUAACUACGACUAUAUUCUGGAGACAGGACGAGCGCCCCAGGGCAAGAACAUCUACUACAAGAGUGAUCUUACUCAGGACAUCACCACCUCUGUGCUGUGGGUCGACAACAAGCCUCACAUGAUCACCCUGGACUAUACCGUACAGGUACCAGAGGGCCCACAGAGUUCCCCCGAACUUAGCAAAUUCCGCCUGUCCUAUUACCCUCACCGUAUUGACAACUUCAAAGAGAUCCUGACGGGAGCCUUCCACGGGAAGUGUGAGCACAGUGUCUACGGCGACUUCAAGACCUACACCCCCGGCCAGAGCCAGGCCCCCUGCUACUUCAUCCAUGUGGUCAAGAAGACCGCUUAGGGACCCCACAAAACUUUCCCACGAUUUUGUAUCUCAACCCUCAUUAUUUCUCCCUACACUUUCUGUCAUGUCUCUUCUGCUGACCCUUCUGUUCAAACCACCUCUUCUCCCUUUCUGAACCAAAACAAACCUGAGCCCAAAUGCCCAUAUUCAUGCUGUUCGAUCCCUUGGUCUUUCAGGGGCUUUUAACUCUCAGGCAACGCAAGAGACGAGACACUCAACAGCCAUCUUGAGUGAUGUGGAAGCAUCUACCAACCAUGCUUGGUAGUAUUUUGUCUGCCGGUGAUUGUCGAGCAAAUAACUGCCGGUCUCACCGUAAUUUACAAUUAAUUUACAUAAACACGUUUAGCAUCUCCUGGCUUUCACACAGCCACUGAUGCAGACCUUUUGGAACAUCUACAUUUAAUCACAACUCUAAUAAAUACAUUUAAUAUAGCAUACACCAUCACAAUAAAUCCAUUAUUUAUUUUAGACCAGUCUAAAGAAACAUAUGAAGAAAAUGUAGUCUUUUUCAGAAGAACAGAAUAGCAUACUCUGAGGUGUCCUUGUUAGACUCUGAUCUGGCUAUGCCAAAUGUCUGUGGGCUACACUAGUUCAUUUAGCAGAUAAGUUUCUUAGAAUUCUGUGGCAUUAUUUUAUAGUGUGAAGAAUACAUUUGAACGUGGCUGAAUAAAAUAGAAAGUAUAUUUUCUCUAAACCGUUACCGAGAGAGUGCACACAUGCAGCUAUUCUGUGUUGAGCGGUUAACAAAGAAACAGGUCCUCCGAAAUGCUUAAUUUAGUUAGUUAUGCAACUUUAUUUGUGAUAUGUUUAGAUUUUAGGCUGCAUGAAGAGACUAAUGAAUUCUUUAAAGUCUCAUGAAAUCCAAGAGCUCUGCUUUGUUUCUUAUGCAGGCUGCACACACUUCAUCAGUCUCUUAUUCACAAUUUGACAAACACUUGAUAAUAUUCUCACCAGGCCUCAAAUUUCCUAACGGCAUCCCCCUUGUGUGGCCGUAAUGCCAUUUAAAACAAAUCAUGCCAUUUGCGGCCAAUGUGGCCGUUGUGUCCUGAAUAUAAUUAUAAUUCACCUGGCAGUCGUGCUCUGACGCACCUCUUACUCACAUGGCUCUCUGAUAUCUCAAUUCUCACAUGCAUCUCAGCCCCGAAGUAGGCUACAAGUGAAGACGGACACAUCAGAGGUGCAUAUUGAAGAUGUUAAAACUGUCUAUAUUUUACUUUUUGUCAGCCAACAAGAUGAGUAGGCCUAACGAACAGCAAAAGCACUAGCCUAAGUAGAUCUCCCAUAGGACAAAAGUUGAUCUAUUCUAUUGGUCAACUUGUACUUCUGUGCGAGAAAUAAAUAUUCCAAACAUACUCUGAGACAGUUGUGGGAUGUGAUAGAUCACAAAUUACUACAACCACUCGCAUCAAAAAACCUUUAAAAGCAAUGAGGCUGACGCAACAGAUCUGAACGUUAAUCUUAAAAUCUUGUUAGGCUACUUCACAUUUGUAAGUGCAGCAAUUCUCACACUGCAGUAGGCUAUAGGUGUGAAUGUUCCAAAAUGCAAUCCAUAAGCAGGAAAACACUUCUCAAAUGUGAUUUAUGCAUGUAAUGCAUUAUAUAAAGGUGUAUUUUUAUGGUGAAAAUUAUCUUCACCAAACUCACGUGCUGCCUAUGUAUGCCAGUUUAGGCUCCACACAGGUUGUAAAGCAGACUUUAGUUAUGAUAUACACCUUUUUGAUUAGGUUUGUAUAAUGAAGUAAUUUAAAAAAAGGAUGUGCUCUUUCUUGCCUUACUGCACACAUUCACAAGUGAUAGGCUACUAUUUUCACACAUCAGACUGUUCUUAAUUUAAUCCUGUCUUUACAUAAUACUAAAUAAUGUGUGUGAAAUUAGUUUUGAUUUAGAAUGUACCAUUAUCAUAUCAUCAGGAAAAAAUACAUGUCAUAUAAACUUAAAUGGCGAGUGGAGGAUGCUUUUCCCAUGGUUCAUUUUCAUGCCAGCCAGGUAGGAUAUACUCCUGUUGUAAAGUGAAGCAAUGUGCUUAAUAUUGGGAAUGUUGAGAAAUAAAUAUAUUAGGCCGAGCCUCUAGAAAGCUGAUGAGAUCCUCUUUUUAGGCAAUUGCGUAGCCUAAAGAAAUGUUGUGCAACAUGAGCCCAUGGGCUCAUGAAGUGUUUGAUUAGAUUUUCGAAAACAUUUGCAUUGAUGUCAGAGUGAUUAGAGGGACAAUAGAGUGCUUAUUACCAGGCAGUUAGCAAGUUUAGUAGGCUACUAACGAUCAGCAGCACUUUGAGUUUGGAGAAGCCUAGUUACCAUGACUAAAGGGUCACAUGGAAUUUGACUGCGGUCAAACUCGUGACCGCAGGUGUGGCGGUAAUACGGUCACCCAUAACAGCCCUACUUGGGAGUUAAUGCUCAAAGGCAUGAGCCUUCGGUUUAUAGCGAAUGCAUCUGAGUCCCAUUGUUAAAGUUGCACUCGUUGUCCCAUGUAAGUCCCUCAUUGCAAAAGCUUAGAGCACCAUCUCUGUCACACUUUUCUCCCCUAAUGAUUACAACGAUCCUCCUUUCAAGUUCUGUAUUCAGACUUCAGUUAUUUUGCAUUGCACCACACACUCUGAGGUCAGAAGACCGUUGCAUGAGUGAAGGCAUGGUGGACAUUUUGUUAGGUUUUGCAAUGCUGUGCUCACCUGAAAUCGACUUUUCAUUUUCUGCGGGACGAUAAACCUAGUGAAGUAACAAGUCUCUACUGGAACUGAAUUAACAAUAGCUUUUUUUCACCGAUUUUGUUUUCAUCUGAGUUAUUUGCAUAUGUUUGGAAAUCCCACUUUGUCCACAAAUUCCUCGUCGAAAUUAGACUGCUUUUCCCACCUCUGAUUUUUGCCCCAGGAAUUUGGAGUGUACUGUGAAAAUGUUCAAUCAAAAAGGCCUCCCUUUGUGUCUCCGAUAUUAAUUUUAAAACUUUAAUCGGCUUGUUGGUCAGCCAAAAACAGUUUGUACUUUUGGUGGGGUAUUUUGAGGAAUGCGCUUAGACUCCUACACAAGGAAAGUGUUGUAGACACCACUGUGAGCUGAUAAACCAAAAUAAGGAUCUAUGUCCCCCUCUGCUGGUUGAGUAUAAUACAAAGAAUGAAUUAAGUUUCUCUUUAAAAUGUUCCAAUGGGCAUUGAAGAUGUACAGUACUAAAAACAACUAUCGGCCAAUUACUUUAACUUUUGUAUAGACUUAUUUUGAUCCAAGUUUUAUUCCCCGUUAAUCGCCUUUGCAAAAUCCAGGGAUUAUUCAAAUGGACUGAUUUGGCCAUAAGUGACCCUUGCAAGGUACUGAAAUGUUUUUUUUCCACUGACAAAUCUUUGAGCUUGCUCUACUCGCAAAGAAAUGCUUUACUUCAUGAAUAUAUUUUCAUGAUCCAAAGAUUUGAUUGUUCUAAUGACAGCACACUUGCUUAAUUUUUAUUAAUAUUUCACUCUCAACUCUGAAUAUGGUUCAUCUUAACUUUCCUCAAAGAAGAUUAGACAUUAUUCAUAAAAAUUGGUCAUAACAAACCAAAAUGGGACAUUUUAUUUUUUUAGCUUGUGAAUAAAAUAAAAGUGUAAUUGUAAAUAUGUAAUAUCAUUAUGUUGAAUAUUAAACAUAACAUUUUAUUGAAUUGUCCAACCCUUUUGGCCAAAUUUGAAUUGUUCUGAAUUCGGAAGCAUUUUGUCAUUUUAAGACAGUGAUUUAACAAUUCAGUUUGUAAAAUGUGUACGUUUUGGUAGUGAUAAUUAUUAUUAUUUUUAAAUAAUGAGCUGCAGGACAACAAUGGAACAUUAUAUUUGGUUAUGGUAUUGGUAAAUUCUCAAAUGUUUUGUUGCCUAAUCACAACCUCAUGGUUAUCCUGCAGAUUUUAAAUGAUCUAAUAGGCAAUGGCUAAAGCAUUAGUGAAAUGCUUUUUAUUGAAAAUUCCACAUCAGAAGGCAAGGUGAAGCAAAGAGCACAUGGGGUUGAUUUUGAGUUUAGUCGUUGAGUUUAAAUGCUGAGAAGUUAGUAAGGUUUAAGUGGUUAGAAUGAAUAUAUUUUUAGGCUUUGAUUGUAUUUGUGACUGUAUAAAUACAAAAAAUAUCUUCCCUUGCAGAGAAGUUUUCUUUAAACAGUCUUACUCUGUCAAGCCUUUACAACAAAAUGUUUAAAAUGUUUUUUCCUUAUGUGAUUAUUGGAAUUGUUUUAUUGGACUGGAAUACAGAAGCUUUUAAGGAA